UGCUCUUAUUUUGGUGAGUUUUGGGGAGUCUUGUCUCGUUGAUGGAAACAAACACGGAAACUUGAACUCUGAAAAUAUGAAUUGUUUAGAGGAAGCGCCCGCGUGCGACACGUCUCGAGGCUGUUUGUGACACAAACCGCGCCAAUGUGGAGGAAUGGACAGAGAGGACAGAAUGGUCCACAGCAGCAGAGCCGAACCAAGAGCAGCUGAGGAGGCUCUGCAUCACUGUCAACUCAUCCAGAACCUGGUGGACAUCUCCAUCUCCAGCCUGCGGACUCUCAGGACCAGAUGCGCCGCAUCCAACGACCUCACCCGGCAGGAGAUCCGCACUUUAGAGGUGAAGCUGACCAAGUACAUGUGGACACAACUACAAUGGAAGCAGAGGGUACGAGAAAAAGAGAGACCUGAAGCUCUGGCUGGAUACCCGAGACUGGAAGACUGGCUACUAACAGCUGACCUCACACCACAGUUCAUACAGGCUGCAGCAGGGAAACUCUCAGUGGACGGGUUGCUACAGAUGUCCAGCUCUGAGCUGCAGGACACGAUGAGACGCCUGGGCUCCAACUCAGAAGAUCGUUCCCGCCUGACUGCCGCCCUCUCCUGUCUGAAGAGCGCUAAUGAAACAGAAGGUGACCCGAGGCCUGACUCAGGCUCCUGCAGCUCUGAGCCCCAACAGGACAGUGAUGCCUUCUCUCCCAUCAGCCCCCUCUCCAGCUCCAGUAGCCCUUUCUCUCCCAUGCAGCCCACCAGCGCCCACGUCCGCUCCACCUCCAUAUCAGUGGUGCCUUGUUCGAAUGACCACAGGCCUUACAUAUCAGCUGAAGAGUUGACUGAUGCCUUCACCCCAGUGCCAAGCACCCCUCCUGCUAGCCAAGCACCAAAGACACGCGCCGUCAAGCCCACCCACACACCACCGCUUCCUUCCCGUAAAGUGCUGCAGCCCUUCCCCAACAUUGCACUGACGAGAAGCAAAAGUCAGGAGUCCCAGCUGGCCAACCGCAUUGAGGAGCCAGCUCUACACAAGGCCGGUAAAAAGAACAAAGUGUUGGCUGCUAUUCAAAUCAACGGCUGUGGAAACAAUCCUGAGGACUCAGUACUGCGCUCACCGCUGCUGUCUGCCCGAACACCAGGCCCUGUCCCAGCCUCAGCACCGUAUAUUAUAUCUGGCAACCCCAGCCUGGACAAUGUGGCCAUGCACAGGAGUUCCCCUCAGACGAAGAGAAGAGACAUUGGCCUGGCUGUAACACACAGGUUUUCAACAAAGUCCUGGCUCUCCCAGACGUGCAAAGUUUGUCACAAGAGCAUGAUGUUUGGUGUCAAAUGCAAACACUGCAAGUUCAAGUGCCACAACAAAUGUACGAAAGACGCUCCUUCGUGUCGGAUUUUAUUUCCCACAUUGCCAAGAAUGCGCAGAGCAGAAUCAGUGCCAUCAGAUAUCAAUAAUCGGAUUGAUCACACAGCUGAGAUCCCACUGCAGUUUGGCACUUUACCAAAGGCAAUAGCCAAAAGGCAGGAGCCUGCCCCCAGUUUAAACCAGCUGGACUCCAGCAGUAACCCAUCAUCAGCCACCUCCUCCGCACCUUCCUCCCCAGCACAUUUACAGCAGAGUAACCCCCCGAGUGUCAGCGCCACCCCUCCACCCAACCCGUCACCCCAGGGCUCCUGGGACAACCGCUUCCACUUCCCAGAUGUUCCUGCUUCCACAUAUACUGCUGUUCAACAUUCUGGCAGCCACCACGAGCCUGGUGUGUCACAGGAUUCCGUCACCGACAUACAACUGACAGCAACGGAACAAGGAGGGGAGGGGGAGGCAGAGGAAGAGUACCCAGCUGAGGAUGAGGAAGCAGCUGACCAUGGCUGCAGAAAAACAAACACAGAGGAGUGUGAUGAGGACGGGCUGGAGGACCUGCCGUCUUCCAUAUGUCGUCGCGGGGCCGUUGGCCGCUGGAGGGGCCCCAUCUCUCGUAAGGCCAGCCAGACCAGCGUAUACCUGCAGGAGUGGGACAUUCCAUAUGAGCAGCUGCAGCUCGGAGAGCUCAUUGGCAAGGGUCGCUGGGGGAAGGUGCACAAGGGUCGCUGGCAUGGUGAAGUGGCCAUUCGCCUGCUGGAGAUUGACGGCAACAACCAGGAUCACCUGAAGCUCUUUAAGAAGGAGGUGAUGAACUACAGGCAGACCAGGCACGAGAACGUUGUCCUGUUCAUGGGCGCCUGCAUGGCUCCCCCCCACCUCGCCAUCAUUACCAGUUUCUGCAAAGGUCUGACUCUAUACUCUGUUGUAAGAGAAAGAGGUCACAUGCUCGACCUCAAUAAAACCAGACAGAUUGCUCAGGAGAUUGUGAAGGGAAUGGGUUAUCUGCACGCCAAAGGAAUCAUUCACAAAGAUCUGAAGUCCAAAAAUGUGUUCUAUGACACAAACAAGGUAGUCAUCACAGACUUUGGCCUGUUUGGGAUGUCUGGAGUGGUACAAGAGGGCAGAAGAAAGAACGUGUUACGGAUACCUCGGGGUUGGCUCUACUACCUGGCUCCAGAGAUUGUUCAAAAAAUGAGUCCAGAGGUUGAUGAGGACCAGCUGCCGUUCUCCGGAGCUGCUGACGUUUAUGCAUUUGGUACAAUCUGGUAUGAGCUGCAGGUCGGAGACUGGCCAAUCACCGACCGGUCUGUGGAAGCUACAAUCUGGCUAGUGGGCAGCAAUGAGGGCAUUAAGAAGGUGCUGGCAGAAGCCAACCUAGGCAAGGAGGUCACGGAGAUCCUGUCAGCCUGCUGGUCUGCUGAGGCAGACAACAGGCCGACUUUCACCCAGCUCACAGACAUGCUGGAGAGACUCCCCAAACUGAACCGCAGGCUUUCCCACCCCGGACACUUCUGGAAGACAAACGAGUCAUGGGAUCAUCACUGCCUGAGAGAUCACUGCCCUCAGGGCCUACAUGCGCACUGUCCAUACAUGUACAAAUACAGCAGCUGAGAGAAGCGAAGGUGCUCCUUCUCUUCUUUAUGUUUGAGUGAGCACAUAUCCAGCCAUCAUGUGAUCUGUAUCUGGCAUUGAUAAGCCUCCAUGUUAUCUUCAUUCUGCCCGCAUUGUGAUUCAAACUCACUGUGCAAGGUAUGUAGGCAGCUUGUGUGUGUGUGUGUGUGUGUGUGUGUGUGUGUGUGUGUCAGAUGAAGGGAACAAGGGGACGGUCACAUGGCAGACGGAUACAGAUGAGGCUUUUCGGUACUCUUUCUAAAGUAAGUGUGACAUAUCUGUCACAGAUAUCGACGCCUGUCACACACACCAAAUGUACCACAGAAGAAGAAAGUGACAUGCAGUAGCCAGCAUGUGCUGAUCCGGAUAAUGAUGUGAUAAAACAAAGGGUGCAGUUUUAUAAUCCAUCUCCUGUCAGUGGGGAAGUUUGCCGGCACAAGUGUUAUCUCAGCAACUGCCGUCAGUCAUGUGACCCUUGUCUUGCACUUUGUAGUGGUCUAGUAUGUCUAAGGCGGCUGUGAAAAGUUCUAAGCAUAAUAAUUCAGAAAGAGGAAACAAAAGCUCUGCACUGUAGUUGGAAUAUACACAAUGUAAAAUAUGUCAUCAUUCAUCUUAUGGCUAAUACAUACAGCAUCUGCUACGCUGCAGCUGCCAGUAGUCAUGGAUGUUUACAUGUAGAUGCUGAUGCUGCGGCUACACUGCUGCCAUAUUGGUGAGGGAGAGCCACUCCUGAUGGGUGUCUGACUGCAAUUACUUGACUUAUUAAAAAUACAUUUUACAUAUGUUUCUCUUUCUACUGUCAGACAGUGGAAUGAGUAGGUCAUUUGAUUACAGCUCAGUAAAACUGUUGGCCUGCAGAUCAAUGUGUUAUUUUCUGAUGUUCAUGUGGUGUUUGUUUCUGCACCACAUGUACUUUUCUUACAAGAACGUCACCCUCAGACCAAACCCAGCUUCCCUGAUAUUUAACAACAGUGCAGACCAUUGCUAACUCCACACACACACACACACACACACACACACACACACACACACACACACACACACACACACACACACCACUCUGACAUUUUAGAGCUUUUCUCGUUCGAGACAGUGUUUAAUCACAGCAGCAGCGAUGUGCUACCUUAAACAAACAGACACUUGGCUCUUAAAUGCUUUCCUGAUCUGUACAGCCAGAGUGUGGCCGGGUGCUGUUUCUGUUUGUGUUGUACGUGUUUUAAAAUCAAAUAAUAAUCAAAUAAUGAUGAUAAUGAUAAUAAUACCUCAUCAGUCAGCAGAUGAGACUGCUAGCUGCUACAUAUGUUUUGUCUUUGCUAACUAGCCUGAAAUGUAAAAACUACUUUUUUUGUGUGCCAACUGCUCCUCCUAUCUAGCCACUAACCACUCAUAUCUCUUUAUGAAUGUAAAUCUCUAUCCAUUUGUCAGCAGACAGAGUGCUUCAUCACCUGUUUCAUAGCUGGAAGGCUGCUGGUUUCAGCUCUUAUCAGCUAUGAUUCCUGCUAAUUAUUGUACAAUAACAUUUAUUCCAAGGUUGCCAUCACAGAGGGUUGGUUCACUCAAAAUGCGAAAAUUCAUUAAUUUUUAUUGACCUCUUCAUGCUAUGUGUCUGUGCAGAUUAGUUUUGGUUUGGACAUGUUGCGUCUGUCUGAGAGUUCUAUCUUUGCAACACAGUGAGAGGAAAUUGACUUUUUAUGAGAUGAAAAAGGAACAUCAGUUUGCAGAAACCAAAUGUGGACACUUUUUAUGGGAACUGCUUCCCCUGAACACUGUCUGCAGCAUGGUUCCAGGAAUCACAGUGUUGUGUUGUUGGUCUGUCCAUAUUAAGAUGUGUGAUCCAAGAUGAUGAAUUAUGAUCAUUUUCGUCAUCAAGUCAAAAAUUCAGUUUCUCCAUUACCUCCAAUGCCAAAACAAGGACAUUCUCAUCAGCCUCUGCUGUAGCAUUGCCAUUGGGAGCAUGCACUGUAGCAUCCUGGCAUUAGCAUUUAGCCAAAGCACUAGUGUGCCCAAGUACAGCCCUGUAGAGCUUUCAGCAUGGCUGUAGACUCUCAGUCACUCAAUGUUUUAAGCACCAAAAAGGAACAUACCAUCCACCUCCACUGUGUUGUGGCUAAUCUCAGAUGGACAUUCCCAAACCUGGACACACAAACAAACAGUAUCUGCAUGGAGAGGUUCCAGAGGUCAUGUGAAAACCUGUAUUAUCGUAAGUUGGCUGAACUGACCCAUUGAAAAGUAUGUGUGCCCACAAUAUAUGAAAACAAGCAAGAGAUCCACAUAGACGCCUGCACAUGAAAAUUUAAAGUUUACAUGUCAGGUGAGCUCCUUUUGAUUUCAGGCGUCAUGAAAAGCUGUUCCUAAAUGACUUGGGCCAUGGAUUUCACUAUUAUCAUCAUGAAUGAUUUCAUGAGAGCUACAGGUGAACUGUCUGUUUGUCCAGUGUUUGACGAGCUGGAGGACAUAAUUAGAAACAAUAGUUCCAUUCAAGUAUAGAAAUGAUGCUGAUACUGCCACAGGUCAUUCAAUCAUUUGUGGACACUUCACCAGCAGAGUGCAACCCAGUCAACCAUGAUCAGAAUGACCUGAUGCACAAGUGUGUAUACAGUGCUGGAGGCUGUAUUAAAAUACAGUGUUUGUGUUUGUACUAUUGGUACUUCAGUCAUAUUUAUGUAUAGAUUUGAACACACUGUGUAAACUGUUGUCAGUGGAUUGGUGUUUUUGUUUUUUGGGGGGGUUCAUGUGUAGAGUAUUUUUGUACAGAACGUGUUGAUAUGUUGUAACAUUUGGUCUGAACAAUUGUCAAUAUUAAAACUGAUCUCCAGUGA